CGUAGCAUGUGGUGUUGGUGCGCGUUGGCGGCGGUGAACCCAGUUGCGGGGGCCUGAGUGGCCAGGACUUCAUGAAUUAGAGUACUUCGACGGUGGAUUCUUCUGCCCCGACAAUAUAUGAAUAAGAGAACCCAAUUUGCGAUCUGAAUCUAGUCAGUCAUGAUAAUGCUUCAGUUGCCACUGAAACGGGUAGCUAAAUCGACAAGGGUUUUCGUCCCCCAUUCGAUUUUCAUUCUCAAUACACCUUCUCCGUAUAUUCACCACCACUACCAGCAUCAAUUCUAUCCCGCAGCCACUUCGACCCAAAUAGCCGUCGUUGAUGAAGCGGUAGGCAGCUGCUUCAACGCCAAAGACGUGGUCUUUUCUUUCAAAGAAUGGUUCAAGCGCGGCAACAUCGUCUUGCUCGACCGGAUCUUCGAGGUUCUUAGCGCCCACGAUGAGGACGAUGCCAACUCCCGCUUAGCUGCGGACCUUGCCCUUUCCCAGUUGAAUCUCCGACUUUCAGAGUCUUUUGUCCUCACCGUGCUCGACCACGGGGCUCGUCACCACGAGGUCCUAAGCUGCCUAAAAUUCUUCGACUGGGCUGGCCGACAAGGGGGCUUCCACCAUACCCGUGUAACCUUACACGCCAUCUUCAGCAUCCUCGCUAGGGCAAAGCUCAUGUCCCUCGUGCUUGACUACCUCGCCGAUUACGGCAAGCACAGGUAUUGCUACAACGUAAGUUUCUACAAUGUUUUGGUUAUGGGUUAUGCAGUGGCUGGCAAGCCGGAUGUUGCACUCCAGGUGUUUGGUAGAAUGCGGUUUAAAGGUCUGGACUUGGAUGGCUUCUCUUAUCACGUCCUUUUGAAUGCCCUUGUUGAGCAAAGUUGUUUCGAUGCAGUUGAGGUCGUUGAAAAGCAGAUUUUCAAUGGGGGCUUUGAGAAUGAUAUCACAUAUUCGAUUCUUGUGAAGAAUUUGUGUAAGCAGAAUCUGCUUGACGAGGCAGAGGCUUAUUUGCGCGAUUUGGUGAGCAGAGGGCAACCAUUUAGUGGCGGUGCACUAGCUAUUAUUGUGGAUGCCCUUUGUAAGAAGAAACAGUACGGAAAAGCAAUGGAGUUGAUGGAGGAGUUUAAGCAGUGGGGUUUGGCUCCAAUGAACGAUGCUUAUGGUGCGUGCCUUGGGAACCUUGUUCAAGCUGGCAAGGUAGAAGGGGCUUUGGAAUUCUUAUGGGACAAGAAGUCCCUCGAAGGUUAUGUUCCCCACUUGUUCCGGUAUAAUAUUUUGCUUUGUAAGCUUUUGCGGGAGAGCCGUCUCAAAGAGGUGUGUGAUUUGCUUACAGAUAUGAAGGAGAAUGAUAUUUCUCCUGAUAAGGUCACCAUGAACGCUGCAUUGUGUCUAUUUUGUAAAGCUGGAAUGUCGGAUGUUGCACUUGAGUUGUACAAUUCAAGGGAUGAGUUUGGGCUCUCUCCAAACAGCUUGGCUUUUAACUAUUUGAUCAAUACUUUAUGUGGAGACGGGAGCAUCGAUGAAGCUUAUCGUGUCUUAAACAAUUCCAUUAAUCAGGGUUAUUUCCCUAGUGCGAAGACGUUCUCUAUUCUUGCGGAUGCUCUGUGUAGAGAAGGGAAGAUUGACAGGAUGAAGGAGCUUGUAUUCAAUUUCCCAGAGAAGAAUUUUCGACAAAGAGAUUUAAUAGUUGACAAAUUCAUAUCAGCGCUAUGCAUGGCUCAGAGGGUAGAAGAUGGUUAUCUAAUGUUCGGGGACCUCAACAGGCUGACAAAAGUUGCUACAAGAAAUACUUAUGUUAACUUGAUUCAUGGGUUUAUCAACAUAAGUAAGGGAGAUUUUGCUGCUAGACUUCUCAUUGAGAUGCAGGAAAAGGGAUACCAUGCAACUCCGGCUAUGUUCAGGGCAGUUGUUAUCUGUCUGUGUAAUAUGGAGAAUCCCAUAACUCAGUUUUUCAAAUUGCUGGAGAUGCAAUUGUCACGUCAUGAACCUAAUUGUCACAUUUAUAACAACUUCAUUGCUGGAGCUGGGCAUGCCAAAAAACCUGAACUAGCGAGAGAAGUAUUUGAGAUGAUGCAUAGGAGUGGAAUUGAGCCCAAUAUUAGCUCUGACAUUCUUAUGUUGCAGAGUUAUCUGAAGAGCCAAAGAAUUUCUGAUGCCUCAAAUUUUUUUUGUGAUUUGUGUCAGCGAAGAAAUGUUGGAAGAAAACUCUGGAACGCUAUGGUUGUUGGCCUCUGCAAAGCCAACAGAAUAGAUAUGGCGCUGGACAUUUUUACGAAAAUGAAGAGUGCUGGAAUGGUUCCAAGCAACGAGUGUUGUGAGGAGGUUGUAAAGCUGUUAUGUUCGGGUGGAUAUUAUGACUUGGUGGUAAAUUUUAUUAAUGAGUUAGAGAAACAAGGUCGUCGUAUUUCCUCUUUUAUUGGAAACACUCUCUUGUUUCAUUCUUUGAGGACUCAAGAGCUCUACGAGGCUUGGGUUCUAGCAAGAGGGGUGCAAGAUGAAACAUCUUCGAUCGCAAUGCUUGGCCAGCUCAUUGGUGCAUUUUGUGGUCGCCUUAGAGUGAGUAGUGAACAUAUCGAGAGGUGGGAAGAAUUGAUUGAACCUUGCUUCCCUCUUAACCUUUACACUUACAAUAUGUUGUUGAGAAGAUUAAGCUGGAACCACAUAGACCAUGCCUGCCAGUUAUUCAACAGGAUAUGCCAAAAAGGAUAUGAGCCCAAUCAAUGGACUUAUGAUAUCUUAAUACAUGGUCUUGUCCAACAUGGAAGGACAGCUGAGGCUAGGAGGCGAGAGGAAGAGAUGUUCAUGAGAGGGUUUGAUCCAACUGUGAAAAACCAAAGGUACCCAUUUGAUUGGUAAAUGUUGGGGUCGCAGUUCUAAUAUCAAAUGAUUAUAGAUGUUAACAAAUCACAGGGAUGUCAAAUGCCAAAGAUAAUCCUAAUCUAAUUCAUGCAACCAAGAGAUGUGCGUCCGGGAUCAUACAAGCCAUGGGUUAUUUCAGUCUGGGGCCAAAUGUUUCUCUUAGAGGUAUUACAGAUUUAAAAAAAUGCAAACCGGGCAUAUUCAAUCCCAGUUAUGAAGUAGUCAAGUUUUAUUUACUUUAUGAGCGAUGGCAGCGGGCAGAAGUUGAGAAGUCUGAGCAGUAUGUGGAAAACUUAAAGUUAAUCUUUUAACCAGCGGGAAUUUUUGUCCAUCCCUCAGGGGUUGAGCGACCUAUGCACCAGUGCAUAGAUGAGAUGGGAAAGUUGUACGGAAGCAAGCAACAAAUGCAAUAUGAUAUAUGGUUGGAUCAAGUUCCUCAGCACAGAUUAGUUCAGACACAUGGCUUGUGAAGUUUGACAAGCGGGAAUCAUCUGGUGAGAUUUGUCUGCACAAACAUUAAAGGGUUAAAACCUUGCCCUCUUUUUUCUGUGAAAUUUGUGAAGUCGUAUUUCGUAUCUUUUACGUCACUUCUGGUUGAUGGAGGAGGAUAUACUUGGCAUGUUGAUUUGAGAUUACGUGAAGCUUUUUCAAGUUAAUACUCAGUUCACUAUUGGAUGGAGAAAGGUGCCGCUGAUUUGCAAGGGAAACCCAUUUUUCCAAGGAAGGAGCGGCAUUGCUGUCUGAUCAUGGUCUUAUUGAGUUCAAAGGGCAAGGUACCAGAUGCUUUCACCUUGGUUGCAUAUGCAUCAGGCGUGGUUGGAUGGUUCAGAACCAAAGGACCCAACAACCUGGUUAUUGUAGCUUUUGAAGGCAGAUUGAGAGAAUUGUUCUCUUACAGGAAACAGCCGAUUCGCGUGCCGAUUAUCUUCAGAUUUCUCAAUGUAAUGGAUUUGUCUUUGAAGAAACACAGUUGCAAUGUUAUUGCGUUGUAUGUACAUUUCAAUCUCUUUAUCCUACAUGAUAUUUGUCGGGGCAGAAGAAUCCACCAUCGAAGUACGCUAAUUCAUGAAGUCCUGGCCACCGUUGAUAGAGUUCAGGCCCCCGCAACUGGGUUCGCCGCCGCCGCCAACGCUUGUCUGCACCAACAACACAUGCCACUGAAUCCAACUCUUGUUGGGUAGUUGUGUGUUUUUUAUUCCGAGUAAAAUAAGAGAAGCCGUUAAAAUAAUUAUUUUUAAAAAAA